AUGAAGGAUGCCUUCCGGGAGAAGGCCGUUCAGUCUCUGAUUCUGGCCAGGUAUACGAGGGGAGGGCCGUAUAUUCUGGAAACCCUCAUAACGGUCCUUACUGGAGAGUUUGUACUCUUGAAAGACAGCGCUACCGAUGGUUGGCUUUUCAUCAGUACCAUACUCCGUAUUGCAAUGCGUAUGGGCUAUCACCGGGACCCAGAUCACUUUGCCGGAAUAUCCCCAUUUGAGGGUGAGAUGCGUAGACGAAUCUGGACUACAAUUCUUCAGUUAGACCUCAGUCUAUCUUUGGAGAUGGGCCUUCCUCGAAAUGCCACAGAUACGCAUAUCGAUACAAAACAACCAAGUAAUCUGCGCGAUUGUGACUUCGACGAGGACACAAGCGAGAUGCCUCCGCUGAGGCCAGAAACAGAAUGGACGCCGAUCCUCCCUCUCAUCGCAAGAGGGCGACUGAUCACAGCUCUCGGCUUGAUUUGCGACGUCAACACCGAUAUUAAUCCCCUUUCCUACGAGCAGGUCCUCAAGGUCGACGCACUUCUUGAAGACGUACACAAUCGUGCUAUCCCCCCUGUACUGCGCUGGGGAACUAAGCCAAACGCCAUCACGGAUAGCCCAAAUCUUGUGGUGCAGCGUAUUAGUGUAGAAACGACCUACUACAAAUCACGCAUCCUCCUGUACCGGAGAUCUUUGAUCAGCUACCCAGGUCGACAGGCUCAAGAGCAGGGCAGGGAGUCGGUGCGAAUUUGCUUAGAUUCCGCACUCAAAAUUCUAUCGUUUCAAGAAAUGCUCCAUGAAGAGUCUCGGCCAUUUGGUCGUUUGUGUCAGCUUCGAUGGAAGGUCACCCAUAUUUUCAACCAGGAUGUUCUCCUAGCGACGAGCGUGCUCUGUCUCUACCUCCAAGACGUGGAUAAGUUUGAAUUGAAUGACUUGGCAGGACAGACAACGCGACUGCCUAGAGCCGAAGAGAUUCGACAACAACUAACGAUCUCGCACAAGAUCUGGCUUCAAAUGAGUACGACAUCUGCCGAAGCUGGAAAAGUGGCGAAAGCACUGAGCAUCGUCCUUGAAAAUACAGAAGCGACUGGCGAUGACAGAGACGGGCCCGUUUCCUAUGACUUUCAGACCGAUCUUGGUACCGUACCCCUGAAUGAAUUUGGCACAACGUUUACCAAUGAAUCAGAUUUUCCUCCCGGCUUCUACUCUCCUCUCACUUUUUUUGAUAAUGUAUUGGAAACCUGGGGGUCAUGA